CGCCCCUCUCCUUCAGCAAAGAGUUGUUAUUAUUUCUCUUCAACAAGUUGUUUCGUUUUCCCCUUUCUUUCUUCUCAUCCAAUUUCAAAACACAUUCACAGUUUGUUUCGUUUUCCCCUUUCUUUCUUCUCAUCCAAUUUCAAAACACAUUCACAGUUUCUUCACAAUGACGAUUCCUCUCUUGAAACUCUUCCUUCUAUUUUCCCUCUUCUCAAUUUCCCUCUCCCUCUCCCACGAACCUCAAAACCUCCACGUCUUUCCGAGACCGUUGAUUAUAGAAUACUCAGAACUCGACGAAGACGUCAAUUUAAGAUGCACCAGUUGGAGAUUCGCCGGUGAAGCCAACAAUCUGAGUCCGUGGAAAACGGUACCCAAAGAAUGUGCGGAACAGGUGAAGGAGUAUAUGACGGGAAAAGGAUAUGUUUACGACCUAGAAAUUGCUUCUAAGGAAGCUGCUGAAUUUGCCAAGAGUGUUCAACUUCAAGAUGAUGGGUUGGAUGCGUGGGUUUUUGAUAUUGAUGAAACAUUGCUCUCUAAUUUGCCUUAUUAUGCUGCACAUGGUUACGGGUUGGAGGUUUUUGACCAUGCAAAGUUUGAUGAUUGGGUGGAGAAGGGGAUAGCACCAGCCUUAGAACCCAGUUUAAAACUCUAUGAAGAUGUUUUGAAUAUGGGGUAUAAGGUCAUUCUCCUUACAGGGCGGAGUGAACAACAUAGGGAUGUUACUGUCGAUAAUUUGAUAAAUGCUGGGUUUCGGGAUUGGCAUCAGCUCAUAUUAAGAUCCUCAGAUGAUAAAGGGAAGCUAGCUGUAGUUUACAAAUCGGAUAAGAGGAGUGAGAUGGAGAAAGAUGGAUACAGGAUUCUUGGAAAUUCUGGUGAUCAGUGGAGUGAUUUAUUAGGUUCUUCAGUAUCUGUUAGGUCCUUCAAGCUUCCAAAUCCUAUGUAUUACAUUGCAUAGUAAUGCUUAUUUGUUUGCAAAUAAUCACUCUCUAGAAUUCUGAGAUGUACAUAAAUGGAAGUCACCCUCAUUCUUAAUUCUUACUAUAUUGAACAUGCCAUUGAAACUCCAAUAUUAAUGGAAGAUUCAUUAUACUUUCUUAGUUAAAA